CGCAUUGUGCCGUCUGACAAAUCCACGCUUGGUUUUGAAUUCCUAGCUUGAAUACCUUCAGCAUCUCGGAACAGAGACAGGCUCUGGAUCAUGCUCCUGAAACGGCGUUUAUCUGUCGGUAUUAAACGACAUUUGACGUCUCGAUGGUUUAUUUAUGGACUGUGGGUUCAACAUGUUUUUUCUGAAGAUGCUUCUAAACCUAGAUUAACACUACAACAAGAUGAUGCUCUACUAUACAAUAGAAACUAUAGCCAUACAGUCUUGUUUCAUGAACAAGGAUCCAAUAUUCUGCUUGUGGGAGGUUUAAACUCUGUGCUCAAGGUUGAUUUUGAAAAUGGUGAAAAUGAGAGCUUCACCCUGAAUCCAAAAUUGCAACCAUUUUGUGAUGAGAAGUCUUGUGAGAAAGUUGUGACAGUAAUUGAGCGAUUUCAGAAUAGCACAUUUGUAUGUGGAACAAACGGAGAAAACCCGAUGUGUUGGACACUGUUUUCCGAAAAAAGCAAUAAUUCCACUGAGGUUAUAGAGUAUGGAGAUGGCACUGGAAUCUCACCUCACACGUGUACACAAAACUCCUUAUGCCUGACCGCAGAUGGAGAUCUAUAUGCUGCAGCUCCUCUGUAUAGUGAUGGGGCUCUUCUCCAGUUUCGUAGACGGGCUGGAAAUCGAAUCAGUUUAUGGAUGCACGAUCAGUGGCUCUCAGAACCCACCUUCAUCUCCAGUUUUUUGGCCGAGCGCAAAGACGAUCCCACGAACGAGAAGAUUUAUGUCUUAUUUCGUGAGAAAAACUCAGACACCAGUCCAGAAGCGGAUCCGUGGAUAUCCAGGGUGGCCAGAGUGUGUAAGGUUGAUGAAGGUGGUCCCAAGCAGUACCUCCAGAACAUUUGGACAUCCUUCCUCAAGGCAAGGCUUAUAUGCGGGAUUGCCGGAGAAUCGCUGUACUUCAACCGUCUGCAGGAUAUUUUUCUUGUGCAUGCUGAGAACUGGACAGACUCGAGGGUGUACGCACUCUUCUCCAGCAGCUGGAACUCUACCGCUGUCUGCAUAUAUUCCUUGAAAGAACUUGAUGCCAUCUUUGAGAAUUCUGUCUUCAAAGAUUAUGAUGGGAAAAUUCCCACCACAAGACCUGGAACGUGUGUGAAAAACAGCAAGUCCAUUCCCACCGCUACUCUCAAUAUCAUUAAAGACUACCCAGAGAUGCAGGACUGGAUUCAUCCUAUCCAUAAAGACACGCCGUUCUUCAUGAGCAAAACCAACUAUACCAAGAUAGCAGUCGACAAAGUCCAAGCUUCAAAUGGACUUGUGUAUAACGUGCUGCUGUUGGCCAAAGACAAUGGCAUGAUCCUCAAAGUCCUCGAGAAUGACACGAAAGCCUUCAUCAUCUCCGAAACACGGCUGUACAAUGGCUCAUCACCCGUGCAGGCUAUGAAACUGGACUCUGAAACGAGCAAGCUUUUUGUAGGAUAUCCUGGUCAGAUUUCUGUGUUAGACCUUCAGAGAUGUCAGCACUACAACACAUCCUGUGAGGAUUGUGUUCUGUCCCGGGAUCCCUACUGCGCUUGGACUGAACACGGAUGCACAGCACAAACGAAAGGAGGAAUACAAAACAUUGCUGAUGGAAACACAUAUUUAUGUGAUCAGAAACAAGAAAGACGAUCCAAACAAGACUUACAACUAUCAUAUGUCCCAUCCGUUCGACAUUCUGUGCCCACCGAGGUUCCUUUUUACCUCUCCUGCCCUGUCGAUUCCCACCAUGCAACUUACAGAUGGAAACACGGAAACAAGAGCACCACAUGCCAGCCGACCCAAUCUGAAUGUCUCCUUCUCAUUCCAUCAAUGACAUCAGACGAUUACGGCAGUUACAAGUGCAUUUCCCGCGAGCACGAUUACACCAGAAUCGUGAAGGAAUAUUACCUCCUCGACCCUAAGCGUGUUGCUGACGGUGCUUUCAAUCUUAAAUGCGCAAUGGUCCCAUUGGUCACGGUUGCCUUUUAUCUUUGCUAGCUUUAAGGUCAAUGCAGUUUUACAAAUGUCAGCGCCUUCUCAAGCAUUUCCAGUUGCCUGUAAGCUAAAAUGAUUGUUAAACACGCAUUGCUUGACGCAAACGGUUAUCGUGUUAAAACUGGCCUUUACUAAGCGUUGGCUUGUGGUUUAUGUGGAAAUAAAUAUGCAAGGUGAGUCACAGGAGCAAUGAAGCAUCAAGUCCACGUGAUAAGUCAGCGAUUCUAUUUAUCCGAUUGAACGACUUCUACAAAUGAGAAAAAAUGUAGGGCGGGACUUGUUUUCGUCCAUAGAGAACUGAUUGGAUAGCUGUUAAUUGCUAAUCGUUGAGAUCUUUUCCCAGGCAGAAAAGAAUCUCCGAAAGCCCCGCCCCUGAGCCAUUACAUGUGACAGGAAGUGAAGAGGGGUCGUUUUUAAAGAUUAUGAGGGCACAUAAAUAAAAAAAUUAUAAUGAAGUGCACAAAUAAAACUAUAUUCUAUAAAAAAUGAGAGCUUUCAAUUUCACUGUGACUUUAAAGCUAUAUUUUGGUCAGCAGGCUAACGCUAAUAUUCGCCAUAACAGAGCGAUUGCGAGUGAUUUUAUGUAGCGGUUCAGUGCACAACGGAUAGUAAAUAGGUAAAGAAAAGGCAAUGCGUGUCCUAAGAACCCUUUUUUCAUGUGGAACUGCUUUUUCACAACAUGGAUGCCUCUAACUAAUCCCUCAACUAUUUCACACAGCAAUGCUAAAACUAGCAACGACGUGACGGGCUGUUUCUGAAAAGUUAGUGGAGUAACAAAGACAUGUGAUAGAGAGUCCGAAAAAAUUAGACGGUGCGACUGAACGUAUGUUAUUACCUUAAUCGGCCGUGACAUCGGUUACAAAUAUAACAAUCAAAAUCCAUUCCAAUUUAAAGUGUUCGCACAUUUAAUGUGUGAAACUGUGUCACUCAGGGGUUAAAAUAAACAUAAUGUUAUGUCCGUAUGUGUAGAAGCUGAUGUAGUUAUUUUUAUAGUUAUCUGUAUAGUUAGCGUUCUUGGUGGGAUUAGGUUACUAUGACCAAAUGAUAAACAGUGAUGUGUCCCAGGGUUCCGAUUAAAUAUCGGCAUUUCUGAAAAGGCGAGUUAAAGGUCCAGUGUCGGCAAAGAAGUGAAAAUGGCACGACAUCUUAGUCCUGUGAGAGGCACCGUGGUGAAAGGGAGGGGGGAGUGAGCUGUUGGUUGCAGUUUGCAACCUCACCGCUAGAUGCCGCUAAAUUUCAUACACCUGUAAGGAAAACAACUAAUUGUUGUAAACAGUUCGACACAGAGGUCAAUUAGGACUUCUACUAGAAAUAAACAUCACAAAGACAUGUUAGGCAUUACGAAAAUAAACCAUGGUUUAAAAAAAACAUGGCUACUGUGGUAAAAUCAGGGUCACCACAAAAUAACCAUGGUUUUUAAAAACCAUAGUCAAAGCAUGGUUACUUCAGUAAUCAAUGCACCAAAAAACAUGGUUACUACACUUUUACCACAAAAUAAAAACGUGGCUAAUUUUCGUAAAGGAGCACUUCUACACCUUAAAGCACUUUAACUCACAGUAUGUUCAGCCAGGUCCGUUUUAGAAGGACUUAAUGUAAUUAUAGCAGUUAAGAGCUGAAAUCUAUCAUGUGUUACCAAAGGGAGUGUGUACUUGCUGGUAAACAGCAAUUUCCUCCCAUCUGGAUAAUUUGUAAGAUUGUUUUGCUUUGAGCUGUAUGGCUAUCUGGCUAUUAUUUCUCUAUUUUGUCAUUUUUUCCACUGUUUUCAGCACUAAGUUUCUCUUUAGGAAUGGGUAAAGGUUGUGAGGAUAUUGUUUUCAGCAGAAAUUAUUGGGCGUUGUUGUAUCCAUGAAGGAAGCAAAUCUGAGGUCUGACCAUGUUGAAGGACAUAUUGGCAAGAGCAGAGGGGAUUCUGGGUGUGGUGGUUAACAUGACGGGCUUUAUGGUGUGGUCUUUGUAAAGAACAGUGGUUGCAUUUGCUAGAAUGUAAAAAUGAUGAAUUUAGGGAUAGUGUUUCGGUAGUAUUUGGCUAAGUCGCACCAAGGAUAUGAUAUGAGUUCAAUUCCGAGGCUGUGUAUCAUCGGCUAAAUGUACACCUUAAAUGCAGCAUAAGUUGUUUCGCUUGCCAAUGCAAGCGAAAUGCAUUAAGGAUAUUUACUCUAAGCUGACUGUACAGUACUUUGGCCUGACUUGCAUGGUUGCAAGCACUUAUUUCUCGUGAUAUAUAUAUAUAAUUAGUUGUAAUUGAAGUACAGUCAGCUUUACUGUACAUGAGCCCUUAAGGGGUUUAUUCUGUGAAAAUGUGCAUGAGAAUGCUGACUGUACAUUAUUCUGAGUAUUACACAGUGACUUGGCAAAUGACGACAAAAUUGAAAUUCAAUGGAACUAUUAUUAGGCAACAUUGAAGUAAGCAUGGAGUGAUGUAAGAGACAUGAAACCAAUCCAGUUAUGCAGACUAUUUCAAGAGGUGAAAUCAAUACAAAAAAUACAAAAACAACCACAGAACAUCAUGAUUGCCAGUCAAAAUCAAAUGAGCUGUGUAAUAAACAGAAAUGUGUGGCAAGUUCAUUUUUAUGCAUUCGCAUGAGUUUGUGUUAAAAUAAUGAUAUAUAUUUGUUGGGGACAUAUGCACCUUAUGUUAAUGUACUUUGUUAUUUUUCAUUAUUGUCCUGGUUUUCUAAAUGACUUUCAGUCAGUAUUACACAUAUUAUACAACGUGAUUGUAUAAUAUAUAAAAUGACACACAGGGCUGUACUUAAUCUUUCAGCUUGUACACUUAUGUAAUGGCCUAAUUCAUGAAUUAUUGACAGGGACUCAGAUAUACAUACUGUUCUGUUGAAAUGUAUUUCUAUAAUUUAUCUUUUAAGGGCUAAGACUUUGAGUCACACAUAUUAUCAUAUUCAUGCUCUAUAUAUUUUUCUUUGUUAGAUUUGAUUCAUGCUUGUAAUUAAAGAGACAGUUCACCCAAAAUGAAAACUCUGUCACUAUACUCACCCUCAAGUUGUUCCGAACCUGUAUUCAUUUCUUUGUUCUGAACACAAAAGAAGAUAUUUUGAAGAAUGUGUGAAACCAAACAGUUCUGGUGCACCAUUGAUUGUAGUUUUUACCCUACUCUGGAAGUCAGUGCCCAGAACUGUUUGGUUACAAACAUUCUUUCAAAUAUCUUUCUUUGUGCUCAGCAGAACACAAACUUCAUACAGGUUUGGAACAACUUGAGGGUGAGUAAAUGAUGACAGAAUUUUCAUUUUUGGCUGAACUGUUCCUUUAACAUUUUACGGUCAUUUGUACUAUUGUAUCUCCUAUCUCCUACCAUAAUGUGAAACCGUUUAGUCCUGCAAUAUUUUAUUAAUGUUACAUUAUUUUUCCUGUGUGGUAUUUCUCAACUGUUCUUUAUUUAUGUGAAAUGGUUUAUUUUAAAGCUAAUAAAAUUAUAUUUUU